UCCAACGUGGCGGACUUGAUUGUCGGAGGACAGGUGGGAGCUCCGGACGAGCUGCUGUUGUUCCCAAUACAAAGAGAGCAGAGCCGGAGAAACACUUCACAUUCACGUUAAAAUUAAAAGGUUAAUUUACAGUGUUACAUUCAAACUGUAUCCGCUAAAUUAAAGUCGUAUUUAUGGCGCGUUUCGUUUGAAAAAUGUUCGACAAAGGAGGGAGAAAUUCAACAGAAACUGCGCAGUCAUAGAUUAAUGGGAGCGGUAACCUGAGCAGAUAUGCCAGCUGAAGACAAGGUUGCCAUCCUGACGGAGGAUGAGGAGGAUCAGAAGAGGAAGUAUGUGUUGGCCGAGCCCACCGAGGAUCAUCCGGCAGGUGCUUCUGAGACGCCACCGCAGACCUCGGUCUCUCAGCCGCAGCAGCAGCUGGCUUCCUCCGACUCCAUCGACUGCUGCGAGAGGAUGUGCCUCCGCAUCAACAUGCACCUCCUCAUCUCCAAAGUCUUCUACUUCUUCUUCUACGCCGCCUACGGCUCGCUGCACCCUCUGCUGGCGUUGUACUACAAGCAGCUCGGCAUGUCGGCCAGCCGCAGCGGGCUCCUCGUCGGCAUCCGCUACUUCAUCGAGUUCUGCAGCGCCCCGUUCUGGGGGGUGGUGGCCGACCGCUUCAAGAAAGGGAAGGCCGUGCUGCUGUUCUCUGUUUUCUGCUGGCUGGUGUUCAACUCUGGCAUCGGCUUCGUUAGACCAGCGGCGAUGAAGUGCAUGAUAAAUCCUGCACCUGUCACCACGACGACUACCACGACGACUUUCACGACUCUCCCGCCUGGUAACUUCACCAGCGGCUCCACCAACCGCAGCAGGAGUCGGCGGAGUGUUCUGGACCAGUCCGGGCUUCACAAGAUGCUAGACUCUUAUUUUCCCGUUUUCCACAGAGACAAGCGAAGCGUAGACGCCAACGACACUUCAGCUCCUUUCAACAUGACUUUAGCUCCUUUUAUUCCGGCUAACACCACCCAGCUAACGCCUAACACCACCCGCCCCACCACCACAAGCACCACCACAACCUCCCCUGCUCCAACCAAAGCCAAGAAGCAUGAGAUCAUCUACAACCAGGACCAGGUGGAGAGCCUCUUCCUGCUCAUCCUGCUCGUCAUCAUCGUGGGCGAGUUCUUCAGCGCCCCCACCCUCACCAUCGUGGACACCGUCACCCUGCAGUACCUCGGGAAGGCCCGUGACCGCUACGGCCUGCAGAGGAUGUGGGGCUCCCUGGGCUGGGGGCUGACCAUGCUGCUGGUGGGCAUCUGGAUCGACCACACACACCUCAUACCGGUGAUCGAAGGCCUGGGCUGCAUAGUGCCCGAAUUCCGCAACUACCAGAUCGCCUUCAUCGUCUUCGGCGUGAUGAUGACCAUCGCGUUCAUCGUCGCCACGCAGUUUUACUUCGAGGACGGCAGCGAGUACCAGCAAGAGGUCCCGGAGGCGGUGGUGGAGGACAGCCCCAGGUCCACUCCCGAGGAGCAAACUCCCAGCAGCCCCGGCACCAGUGCUGCUCAGGAGUUCCACUACAGCGACCUGCUGAGGCUCCUCAGCAGCGUGCGCUAUAGCUCCGUGCUCUUCGUCGCCUGGUUCAUGGGCUUCGGGUACGGCUUCGUCUUCACCUUCCUGUACUGGCACCUGGAGGACCUGCAGGGCUCCACCACGCUGUUCGGGAUCUGCUCCGUCCUCAGCCACAUCUCCGAGCUCGCCGCGUACUUCACCAGCCACAAGUUCAUCGAGCUGGUCGGACACGUCAGGGUGCUGUACAUCGGCCUGGCCUGCAACACGGCGCGCUACCUGUACAUCUCGUACCUGCAGAACGCCUGGAUCGUGCUGCCCAUGGAGGUCCUUCAAGGUGUGACGCACGCCUCAGUUUGGGCCGCCUGCAUCUCCUUCCUGAGCGCGGCGGUGCCUCCGGCCCUCAGGACGUCUGCGCAGGGCAUCCUGCAGGGCCUGCACCUCGGGUUGGGCCGCGGCUGUGGGGCCAUGGUGGGGGGCGUGUUCGUCAACUACUUUGGCGCUGCGGCGACGUUCAGAGGCAUCGGCAUGGCCUCCCUCGUCAUCCUCCUCAUCUUCUCCUUCAUCCAGUGCCUCACCGCGGAGAACGAGGACAAAGACGAUAAGAUGUUGGCGGAGAACAUCCCGGUUCCCUCCAGCCCGGUUCCCAUCGCCACCAUCGACCUGGUGCAGAACCAGAGCGGCACGGGCAGCCCAGCGCUGACCCGCCCCCCCACCACGCUGCCCGUGAAGAAGACCAAACACCAGGAGGACCAGGAGGACGUCAGCAAGCCGGCCUGGGUGCUCUCCGGCGCCCCCUGGGUCACCGUGGCCUUCGCCAUCGUGCAGAUCAGAGAGAUGAUGAAGAUGACGAAGAACAGUGCGCCGCCAUCAGAGACUCAACCGCUGCAGAAAGGUACCUAAUGAGCAGGCGUCGCCCGAGUGCGAGGCGGUGUCGUUGCCGUACAGAAACCCGUGUGAUGACGGCACAGAAACUCCCACGCAGCCAGACACCACCCGCCCCAAAGCACCCACAGACUAACGAGGACAAAGACCAAACGCACCCUUUCUCACCCAGAGGAGAGGAAAACCCAGCCUUCACAGGCGAAAACACACACUGACUUUUCAUUAGAGACUAUUUCAUUCACACACAGCUUUAGUGUGUAUUUGUGUAUGCUGCAAAGAGGAUUUAGUCUUAAAAUCUGAUUGCAGGUACUUCUUAGAAAUGAGUCAGUAUCUUGGAAAAACGUAUUUAUUUGGAUUUAUUGUUAAAUUUUGCAGAAAAUAUCCUUUAAAUCUUGAAACGAGUAGCUAAUACUGCAACUCUUUUUUAACAUGGGUUGUUUUUGCAAAGCAGAGUUUGUUUAGAUGGAACUGGAGGUGCGCUUGUUUGCAUUUGCCCCUCAGAGGUGAUCAAAUCCAACUCACCCUGUGCACUGUGAACUGCCCUUUACCGGUGGAGUGUGAAGGAAAUUCCUUCGAAGUUAUUUAUAAACUAAUUGACUUUAAAGAGUGAUGAAAUUUGAACAAAUGGGGAUUUAAUCCAACAUUUGUAUCGUAAAAUAACAUGAACAAACCUAUGCUGGCCAGAAAGUUAGGUAAGAAAUGACCAACGAUGGAGGUUGUUAUAUGGCAGAAAUUACAACAUUUAAGAGAUCUUUUGAGUUUCAAACCGUUUGCACACAGCAGUACGUGCAAAUAAAUAUACAAUAUUAGUACAAAUUAGCCAUGUUAGAGAAAAAAAAGGGUAUAAAAUACGAUUUAAAAUGUGGGUUAACAAAAACCUAAAACUACAUUUAGAAAUAGUUUUUAUAUACUUUUGGGGAAAUAUUUGGUAUUACGCCUUAAAUCCAGCUCUUAAAUCCUGCAGAAACCCUGCUAUGAUAUCCUUUUAAUAUAUUUCAUUAUUGUUAAGUUUUGUUUUCAGAAGUGCUUUUUCCCUUGCAGGAAUCGAGCACAUUUUCAUGGCCUUUUGGGUAAAAUAGGUGUUACAUUUGUUCCUAAUUGCAGGUUUAGAUGACAGGAAAAAUGUAUUUGCAUCUUUUCCCCUUUUGUUUCAGAUUCCAUCACUUCUCUAAAAAAACGAUCCACUUUUAAUACUGAAGAAGUGCCUCUUAAUCAUGGUUAUUGUUCUCACUUAUUAUUAUAAGAUGUCAUGCAAGGAUCCCUUUACUGCACUCCUAUACAGACAGAUCCGUCACACUGAGGCUCUUUUUAAUAUUUUUAUAUUGAAGCUGCCAAUAGCCGACUGACACACGAUAUUUACCGUCUUUGUUUUCCUUUCUCCUGCCAAACAAUUACCCAGUGUUCUUUGUUUCAGUGUCGUCUGGAUUGAGAAGCCUUCAGAAACAGAGCUACAUGAAGGAAGUCAGGGUUUCUUUUCUUGUGUAAAUUAAAUAAUGAAAGGAGGUUUUACCUUCUAAUGCAGUAUCUGUAUCUUAAUCACUUUGGUUAAUAACAUUAUUAAAUAUUUAUCUCACUAUUACA